UGACUUCCUAGACUUAUAGAUUGACUCAUAAAUGUAAAUAAAUGUGUCCGUCUGAGCAAGACAUGACCCGCCCGACCCUGUCUUAGGCUGACUACCGGUGUACCAAGACUAGUGAGGGAGGUCAGCGGCACAGGAACAAGCAGACAGGACGUGUGUUGCCAUCACCACAAUGCUGCGUUCGCUGUACACCUACAAAGGGACGCACGCCCGCACGCUGGGCUUCCAGGCUGGUGAACGGUUCGUGGAGGUGGGCACGUCACGCGAUCCCAACUGGCUGCAUGUGAUGAGUGAGCGCGGCAUCAUUGGAUAUGUCCCCAAAAACUAUGUUACUAAUGAUGAGACAGAUGCUGUGGCCAUGUUGGAGUUUAUCGAUGGGUGUCUGGAGGCUACACAUCUCAAUGCCAGUGAGCGUGGUGGCAACUACAGUCGAGGAGAGCAAGAGGCACUGCAAAAGUUGGUAGAUCUGCGACAAAAGUGGCACGCCCGCUGUCCCCCUGCUACGGCUCCUGGCAAGCGUCCUGCACCACCACCUCCACAGCGCUCAGCAUCACAACUCAGCACUGAGAGCCUAUCCAGCCUGGGGGGCAGUGGCCUACCCUCUCCAAACCUCCCCGGCACUCCUCGCCUUCCCUCCCUCCCUCCCAGUGUCUCAUCCUCUAGUCUGGCACGUGAGGAGCAGCAACAGCAGCAACAACCUCAGCCACAGCAGCAGCAGCAGCAGGGGGCUAGUGUUGCUGAGACCACAACCAGUUUCAUGGCACGUGGUGACUCUCUAGUUCAAGAGGAGAGCAGUGGCAGCAGUGAGGGCCACGACACCAGCAUUGGAUAUGAAUCAGAGAUGCGAAGUGAUGUUGAGUCUGGAGUCCAGGCCAGCAUUAAGUCCUUAGUGUCACAAGUCCCUGAAGGCUACUUGCGCACCCUGGUGGAGGAAGUGAGAAGCAAUGCCUCCAUCAGCUUCACUGCUAGCCACCAGGUGGUGGAGAUUGUGCUGAAGAGUCUUGGAUCUGUCCUUCCAGCUCUUAACCCUCUCUGCUUACAUGUACUAGCCAGCAAAGAAAGUAAAACUGAUGGCAGUGAGGAGUCUUGGCAGCACAGUGUGGAUGGGUGCCGGUUGGUGGCACUACUGGAGGAAUUGCGUGCCUGCAAAGAUGAUGAGCAGCAGAGGUCAUGGGCACUGCAUGAAGAUGAGCACACUAUUGCAUCUCACCUCACUGACCUAUUGGACUUACUGAACACAGGUGACCUGGAGGCGUGUCGUCGAGUGUUAGCACUGGAUGACUUCCGGCCACUGCUGACGUUGGUUCAAUAUUACCAGAUGGAAACCCGCUGGCCCCUGCGGAGGAUGCUGCUACAGGUGUUUGGAGCCGUGUGCCAGAUGUCAGCAGCCAAUAUUUCUUAUCUGUCAGCAUCUGUGUUUCCAGUGGAGCUGGCAAGAGAGAUGUUGGAAAGUACAUGCAGUGAGGAGCAGUUACAGUAUAUCUCUCUGGUGCUGGGCAUGGUGCUGUGCAUGGGAGACACUCUGCCUUACCCACACUUUAGUGUCAUGAAUGAAUCCUUUUUGCUACUGCUGCUGGAUGGAAUAGAACACUACAACGAGCACCCAGACACUGAGCAGCUAGCAGAGCUCUAUCUCACUUUGGUAUUGGCUUUCAACCUUCAGUACACUACCCCUUCUUUUUCCUGUGUUUCUCCUACAACCACUCUUUCCAAUGGUAUGGAAGCAGUAGGAGAAGAAGGGAAAACAGGAGUCAGGACUACAGAGGAAACCAAGCUAUCCAAGGCAGAAGGUGACAUGGAGAAUGUGUUGAUAAGGCUUCUUGGACAGAGAGAACACACUAAGCAUUUCACUGAAAAGCUUCUCCUUUUGUUCAAUAGAGAAGAGGAUCCCUUGGCCAUGUUUGAGCAUGAACCACGACCACCAAACUCCAUCCUCAAAAUGAUGCGUGACAUGUAUUCAACCCGUGCCACCGCCUCCAUCUUCUACACCAAUGAUGAGCGGGUGGUGUGUGACAUCAUCAUCCGCCAGCUGACUGACCUUCCUGCUGAUGACAAACGGCGUAAUGAAUACCUCCACUUGUUGUGGGGUUUGGUGGAAGCUGGGGGGUGGCAGGAGCAUCAGCACAGGUGCCAAGAGGUUUCUACUUGCUGCUCUAAUAUCUUGGCUGAGGAGGAGCCAGUUGCCCUUAAGGACCAAGCACUCAUCCAGAGACUCAUUGAUUCUUAUCCAAGGUUCUUUAGUGAUGAUAACUAGUCCAGCUUGUGUGUGGAAAUGGGAAUGUGUGUUUGUGUGGGUGUUCAGUGUCAGGUGUUGUCACUGUGGGUGGGAGAAUAGAGGAUGUUAGUGCUGGGACAAAUGUAUGUACUAUAAAGAUAUAUGUAGUACAUGUGCUCAAAGGCAGCCUGCUUUCCAAUUUUUGGUUUAGAAAAUGUGCUCAUACUUUUUUUUCUUAUCUUGUUUGGCAUUUUUACAUACCGGGUAUAUAGAGGCCUUCCCAGCCUUCUCAGGAGGAGAAUUGAGGUCCCAGCACCUGUAGUGUUGCCAUUGAAGUUAGCUGUGGCAGUGCCUCGCACUAACAGUGUUGAGAAUAAAGAAAAUUGUCAUUUUAAAGCCAUGAAAUGGCUUGAUAUCCAGUCAAGAGACAAAUUGUUAAUGACAAGCAUGUGAGUAAGAAAACUAAAUGCAUGAGUUAUGCAAGAAUUACAUGCAAAACAUUAUAUAUGCAAGAAAUAGCAAAUUUUACAUUGUUAUGCAUUAUUUAUGUAAAUAUUGAAAAUGUACAGCAUUUCAACAGGUUUUCAAUUCUAGAAACACCAUAGAGUCAACAAAAUGAAAAAAUAAUAAACCUGUCCCAGCCAUCCUUUAAAGUGUGGACCAUAUCUUAAGUAAACAGUUUUAGUUUAAACUGGUUUAUUUUAUGUUAUUAAUUAUUUUAGUAAAGAGUUCAUUUAGAGCUUCAUUAACUGGUAAGCAGUAAUGUAAGAAAGACCUGAAUAUUCUGUUUGCAGCCAAAGGAGGAGAGUGUGAAUAGAGCUGUUUUCGCUGCAAGUAAUACUCUUGGCUUAAGCAGGCGAGGGUUUUUACUUAAUGUAUUUCAUCUUGAAAGCAAGUGAAAAAAAGUUAGGACUAUUGAGAUAGAAGUAAAGUGAAAAAGAAUUAAUGCAAUGAUAACCUAUACCACUUACACUCUUGAGUUUGAAUUUUAUAUGGUACAAAUAUUCUCUUGUGGACUUUUUUCUUAAGAUUGCAGGGGUAUUCAGAUGAAAAUAACUUCAUGAAAGAUAGUCAGUGGUUACUAAAGUUUCUAGGAGUUUCUAGGUGGGGCCAUCAGCAUGCACCAGUCCACACUCAUAUGAGAUCAGUGAAUAUGAGUCAUGUGGUCUGUCAUGAAUGUGUAAUGUUGUCAUAAUCCAUAGAUUUAUUUUUGAGGAUUGUGUAUAAAAAUUUUUUUUUUUUGUAAUUGUUUUUAUAUAUGUUUUAAAGGUGUGAUGUUUAUGGAAGUAGUAUCUUGUAUGAAUUUUUUGGAAAAAGUAUUUAUGUUCAAUCAGUUGUCGAAGAAUGAGAUAACGUCAGUUACUUUGGAUGGCAGAGGGAAUUGACCUAGGCUGAGGGUCAUUCAGACAUUGAUGUGUCUUUAUGGCAAACAGUAUGGUCUUUCUCCCAAACAGCCAGCACAGAAUCAAAAUGUUUAAUACUUUUACAGAAAAGAAUAAAAGAAAUCAGUUUCUGCAGAGAAUCAUGAA